GUGUUACCAAUUAUGUUCUCCUGUACCACCACGCUUUUGCGGAAGUCAAUACAGGCUUAUCCUGUUCCGCCCAAGACACGGCUGUACAGCCGCCGUUGGAGCACCUCCCGAACGAACCCCUACGGUCGCAUGUACUGGCGCACGUUGAUGAACGAGGACCACGCCCGACCCUCCUUUUGGGUCUCCGACUUCCGCCAUCGCUACCUCGCGCGGACGGGGACGGACUACCAGGGCAGGGUCCCCGCCUCCCCCGCCCCGGGCACCUACCAGGGCUUCACUGACGUCCACCGCAUCCUCGCGAACCAGCCGCGGCCGCAGCGCGAGUCUCGCCACCUCCCUGUGAUGCCCAUGACCCCUCGCGUCGUAUACGAGCACCUCCAGGAGAAACGAAUAGAUUUUGCGAAGAAGAUGCGACGGGAUCGAAGCCGCGUUCAGCAACUCAAGGAGACGGAGUUCUGGGGAUGGUAUAUGAAGCUCCAGCGCGUGCGUGGGCGUUGGUGCCGCGAGCAAGGGGUAUCUAGUCGUGGGGUUUACGGGCCUGCUGUCGACGCUGCUGAGUUGUGGGGAUAGGGGCCGCGUGCCUGGACUCUUUGCUUCUUUUUUAUUAUUUUCGCAGAGUUUAGUCCGUUUAUCGGUUUAUAUGAUCUCCUGUAGGGGUGUCUUGCAUUGGGAGGAACCUUUACACUUGUUGUCCCUCUGUGGAGGAGUGCUGUUAGUUAUGUGACAUGUAUGCCCA